CACACCUUUGAUCAACUUGCCAGCUAGCAUUCACUAGAUGGAUUCAAAAAGAAUUGAGAUUGGUCUAACUCUGACUUUGGUGCUCGUGUUCAUGCAAUUGGAUGGAGUCAGAGCACAAUCAGGUUGCACCACUGCACUAGUGAGCUUGUCUCCGUGUCUAAAUUAUGUUACUGGAAACACAACAACUCCCUCGACAUCUUGUUGCUUACAGCUAUCAAGGGUUGUUGCAUCACAGCCACGAUGCCUUUGCUCUGUUCUAAAUGGUGGUGGCUCCUCUUUUGGUGUUUCUAUUAACCAAACUCAGGCUAUUGCACUUCCUAGUGCAUGCAAUGUACAAACUCCUCCUGUUAGCCGCUGCAACGCCGGUGCAAAUGGACCAGCAGCUUCGCCUGCUGAUAGUCCUCCAGCGGACCCUUCUAAAGGAUCAACCGACAUUCCUUUAGGAACAGGGUCAAAGGCCAGUGGUGGUGGCACAUCUAAUGGAAGCAUUGUGGAACUCACAGCUACUUGGAUAUUCAUUGUUGCAUUCACUGCUUUUGCAUCAAAUUUCUUUUAGAUUUUAUGCAGUUUAUCCCAAAGUUGUAGUACCAAGUUAUUGUGUAUUGUGUCAACACUUACUAUUGAGUUAUUCAUUGGAGUCUUGGAUAGUCAA